AAUUUAUCGACAAGCCGCCACAAUCUGUCGCCGAUAGUCUUGCUGGUCUGAAAUUCUUUUUUGUUUAUACUUGAAAAGCAUUAGUUGCUUUGUAAAAUUAAAAUAUGUUGAAUGGGCAAAUUACACACAGCUAUGUGGGCAACACGUGCAGCGUGGUGAUACCACAUCCACAUGUCAAGGAAAAAGCAAAGUCCACGCCAUCACCUGAUGAAGCAGAGGCCUGUUGUGAGAGAGGGGCUGAGGCAUUGGUCGAUUCGGGGGCGACGGCAUCAGCGGAGGCAACGGGUGCUACGGUACAUGUGAAUUUGGAUCGCAUAAGGAACGUCGAUAUCUUCAUUGGCGACAACGAUUUGUAUUUUUAUGCCGAUGUCAAGCUAUACAAAUUCCACAGCCGUCGCACUUUCGACUUAAGGGGACUGAAAACGUUGGUCAUCAAAUAUGACACGAAUGAGAAUUGCUACCAGCUGUGUCUGCGCUGCCUUCCGCCCGUUGCCAUUCCAGGUAGUGGCCGCGCAGCUGGCAGCGCCGUGACGCCAAAACCAAAGACAGCGCGCAAGGAGUAUAUAGCCGCAUUUCUUAACCUACCAACACUGGCAGACACCUUGCAGGACAAGGAACCGCUGGUGCACGAGUGGAAACUGAAGCGCAUCACCGAUCAGUGCCAAUUACAGCUCGAUGCCCACGAGCGUACCUAUAAACUGACUAACAGUUUUCGCUAUGGGUAUGCUAGUGGCUACAGCGGUCCAUUGCAGACAAGCGAGCUGGAUAAGUCCACAUGUCGUGUUCCUGAGCCAGAGCGACUCAGUCCCUUGCAACGACGUCUGGAACGCAUUAGCGAUGAGAUGAAACGCUUUUCGCGCGACCAGUACAAAAUGAACUUUGUGGAACUGCAGGUUCCAGCCGGACAUCAGAAUCCGUUACGCUUUAAGCCCAAAAUCCAUGAAACGUCCAUGACACAGGAACAGGCGCACUUGCUGCAUAAUCUAUGUAGCCGCACAGCCGCGACUAAAGACUCCACAUCAACGGCCUCCUCGCAGUCCAUAAACCAGCCCGAGCGGCGCGUACAGAACGAAAUCGACUGCGGUCUAAUCAGCAUUGUGUUGGCUAUAUGCUAUGAUGUGCGCACCACCAACAACGAACCGACCUGUGAGUCGGGCUGGACGCGCAGCAUAUUGUGUCCAUUGUUCUGCUACUUUGAGCAGUUCGACAACUAUCGGGACGUUCUGAUAGCGUUUUUGCGUCGUGUGAUCACAUAUCCGUUGUAUCGCAACUUCGAACUGGGUCGCCAGUGCAUUAGGGAUGCCAUUGAAGUACUGAGGGGUGGUCGCAACUGGCUGAUCAAUCAGCUGUUGCUGACCCACCUGCAGUUCGCCAGCGGCGAGCCAUGUCGCGAUAGCUUCAACAACUACUAUCUGGAGGACUAUAUACGAUAUGUGUGCAACGCGACAGCAUGCAGCGAUGAGCAUCUGCGUCUAUUGGCACGCAAUGUCAAGAAUGUGCUAAUGGAUGUGACCAAACGCCAAUUGGAUCUGGGUAUCAUUGAAAUUGAGACUGAACUGAUCCAGGAGCUAAUGCAGGAGAUGCGCAUCGAUGCUGGCAGUGGCAGCGAAUCGCCGUCACAGCACCAGAGUAAUAUUGCUGAUGAUGAUGUAUUAGACACGGAUGAAGCAUCCGGGCUAGAGGAUGAUACAACGACCGACGAUGAUAGCGUAAUUACUGACUCAUUCGAUAGCAUGGAUUUGCGUUUGAUUGAGAACGAUGUCUAUGCCGUCGACGAGGAGAACGAGGGAGAUGUCGAUGAUGGCGAAGAGGAUCAAUCAGAAGUUGAAGAGGAGGACCACGAAAGUAACUCAUCAACCACCACCACCAGCGAUGCUGAGGGCAACAGCGUCAUCGAGCAGUGCACCAGCAACAGCGAAGCUGCCGCCAGCAUCAGUGCCAGUGCCAGUGCUAGCACUAGCACCAAGUAGAAAUUGCCAACGUUCGAGUUGUCAGUCCUGCCAUGCCUAAACCAACCAAUCAACCAACAAACUUAAUGUCAAAGAACGGAGGCUAAACAGUGAUUACUUUUAUGCAAACCGAAAUGUGAAAGUAAAAUUAAAAA